AUGAUGUCGCCAGACGACCGAGCCCUGGAGGACCUGUUGUACGGCAGUGACCUUGGUGAUGAGGCUGAGGGCUCGGAGUUGGGCGGGGGUGACGGCCCAGUGGGGGUCGAGGAAAGUGCUGCUGCAGACAAUGCCCCAACAGCCGUGUCCAUCCAGGAGCCAAUGAUAUGUGCCGGUUGCGGAGAGCAGGUGUGCGACCGCUUCUUCCUAUUGGCUGCAGGCCGGGUGUGGCACGACGCUUGCCUCCGCUGCAGUCAAUGUCAGUGUGAGCUGCAGACACACCCCUCACUUUACUGGAGAGAUGGGAACAUCUACUGCCAGCAGGACUACUGCAGGAUGUUUGGAGGCGGUCAGUGUGCUCGCUGCUUCCAGCCAAUCCCAGCAACUGCUCUGGUCAUGAGGUCCGGGGAGCUGACCUUCCAUCCUCAGUGCUUCUCCUGCCAGGAGUGUGAUAUCAAACUAAUGCCAGGAAACCUGUACUGCAUGCAGGGCCAGAGCCUCUACUGUCAGUCACAUUAUCAUGGUGACGGGAGUGUCCCUCUACCCCACGAUCCUCAGCCCAAACCAAAUCUGAAAGAUGAAGCUCAAAACCAGGUCUCAUGUGAAGGGGAGGAGUCUGUCAGCAGUCCAGAGCCACGACUGGAUGACAGGGUGACAGGUGGACGGACCAGAAGGCAGACCAAGCGAAUCAGGACUUGUUUCCGCAGCGAGCAGCUCAGAGCGCUGGAGUCGUAUUUCGCCCAGAAGCACAACCCUGACGGUAAAGACUGGACCUGCCUCGCACAUAAGACCGGCCUGCCCAAGAGAGUGCUGCAGGUGUGGUUUCAAAAUGCUCGAGCAAAGCUGAGGCGGUCUCUGACCACAGAUGACUCUCAGGUUAACUCGCCCUCUGCUCCCAUGAGAGGCGUCACCAUCGGGACCAAUUCCCCACCCCCAGUUUGCUCCCCACCCGACCAAUCACAGCCCUUCUCCACCAGCACCAUUGACCAGCUGCAGCUGUCCCUGCUCACCGCCCCGCUCAGUGACCCGGUGAGCCCAGCCGUCAAUCAGCCCAACCAGCUGCAAAGCCCCGCCUUCUUCCUUGACUACGACUCCCAGAGUGCACCAGGGUGUAUCUCCUCUCUGGAGGUGUAUGAGGAUUUUGGGGAGGCAGGAGGAGGUGCAGAGAGAGAAGCUGAUGCAGAUAGUUCUUUUAGACCACAUUACUGCUAGUUGAAGGAUCUUAUACUUCUUCAAUGUUGUAACUUCAAGAACUGAAAAAACAGGUUUUCAAAAUUAGACACAUUAGUUAUAAUCCUUUCAGAUUCACUUGGCCUACAACCACCUGUUAUCAUGUGACCGAAUCUGCCAAACAACUGUUACCAAAGGUCAUCGAUGAACUUUCACUUUCACUUUCACUGAAUAUUUCUCAAAUUUAUUACAAUGUGUUUUUGUAGGUUUAUAUGUUUUUUCCCAACAACAAAGACUUAGUUCAAACCAUCUUAAAUCACGGCUACAUUUCUCUCUGCCACCUGUACGAUAAAGCUGUUACUAUAUUACUCUUGAAUGGUGAA